AUGGAUGAUCUUGAUAAUUUGAUUUGGGGUUCGAAUGCAACCAAACCUCCGACUCAGAAAAAUAAUAAUACUCCAUUAAACGCAAUGCGUGGAGAUUCAACCAUAAUUCCAGCAACAAAAUCUUCGACAAGCAUACCCUUGAGAAACAAAAUUGCUGCUAAGCCUAGCCCAUCUAACCAAAAUAUCUUUCGUUCCCAGGCAAACAAUGCAAAUUUACCCGUAUUUAAUAGAUUUAAUAAAGAUGAUUCUAAUUCAUCAACUACUCCCAUAUUUUUGGCUCCUGAAUUAAAUAUUCCAUCGACCAAUUCUACUCUAAAUAGAUCUCCUUUAAGUAAUUCUCCUGCUGAAUCACCAAAAUUAUCUCCUGCAAAAAAUAAUACUGAAGCAUUCGAUAAUUUACUCUCUUUUAAUAAAAAAUCUACCAAUUUGUCCUUACUCGAACAACUUAAAUUACAAGAGCAAGAACAACGUCGUAAAGCUCAAGAGGAGCAUCAAAGAAUUACGAAACAUUAUGAUCAAACAAAUUUUUGGGAUUCAUUAGAAAAAAAGGGUUCUGGUUCUUCUUCACCUUUACCACAGUUAUCAGGUGAUUUAUUUGAUGAUAUAUUGACGACUUCAUCAAGCGAAUUUGGAAGUUUUGAAACGGCUCAAAAUAAUCCGUUAAAGGAUAAGACCCCUUUAACACGAUCAAUACCAGCUGGAAAUAAUAUAAAUAAAUGGGAUACAAAUUUCUUGUCUAAUAAUACAACUACCUCCAAAGAAAAGUUUUCCUCAACUACAGAUGAUUUACUUGAUUUUGGCAUUUUUGAUAAACCACCAUCUUCAGUUUCACCAACAAAAGUUGAUGAAGAUAAAAUAGAUCCUUUAAGCAUACAAGCUAAACCUAUUAUGAAAAAUAAAAACAUUAUUUCGGAAUCUAAUUUUCAAGAUCUAAAUGUUAACAAAAUUCCUAAUGAUGAUUCAAAAGAUCAUUUAAUUGCUCAAAUAGUUGAAAUGGGGUUUUCUGCUGCUGAAGCAGAUACUGCACUUGCCGCAACCGAUGGUAAAGAAGAUGUUCAAUCUGCUAUUGAAAUUCUUUUUCAACAACGUGAAGCGGAAGAUCAACUUCGUAAAAGACAAGCUGAUAAACGAGAUACUUUUAAGACUAAACAAGAUUUAGGUAGACGAAGAUCUAGCUCUACAUUGAGUUUUCCACGCCGGGAUGAUGAUGGAGAUGAUGAUAGUGAGCCAGGCUUUUCGCCUCAUGGACGUUACUCAUCUAAGAGUAGUCCUUUUAGUGUACCAAAACGUAAUAUUUACGGAAGGAAUGCUUCAGAUGGUGAAAGUAGUGAUCGAUCUUCUUCUUCAACCUCCUCAAACUUUUAUCAAUCAAAAGAAAAGCUUAUUAGCACAGCAAGUGAAUUUGGGUUAAGUGCAUUAAAGAAAGCGAGUGAAUUGUAUAAACAGUCAAAAGAUAAAGUAAACAAAGCACUUGUAGAACUUCAAUUACAACAUGAAUUAGAAGAAGAUAGUGCAAGAAGGCCAAGGUGGAUGCAAGAUAAUGAGUUUCAAGAAUCUGAUGAUUAUUCAAGCGAAAAAUAUGGUGAUUCUAAUGGCAAACUUGGUGGAAAGUCUAGUGAUAAGCGUGGGGGAUUGCAAAAAAUUGCCAGUAGUUGUGAUAAUACCAGUAGUGAAAAUCUUGAUGCUGUAAAUUUAAAUAGGUUUGGCAGUAGGCAUGGUGAUAAAUAUGGCCGAUUAGAAAAAUUUCAUGAUAGUUAUGACGACGACAGUAGUAGUGAUGAGGACCAACCAGUUAUUGAUAAUUUUGUUCCAGUAUCAUCAAAUUUUAAAAGGAGUGAUGAAGGUAAUCGCAUGUCUAAUUACGACCUCGUUGAUUCAAAAAAAUCGCCGAAGCCACCAAAACCUGCAGUUCCUCCGCGAUUUACAAAGCCAAAUAUCGACUUUAAUAAUUCAUCGUACAUAUCACCUGCCCGACGACGUCCCCAUACGAAUUCAACUCCAACAAUAGUUGGAGAACCCUCUCCUCCUAAAAUUGUUAAAGCACCUAGACCAACAGUUCAUGUGUCUCAAGAACAAAUGCGUAAUUCGGAAUUUCACAAAGCAAAAGGGAAUGAAACAUUCAAACUUGGUCAAUUUGGAGAAGCCGAAAAAUUUUAUUCCCUCGCGAUUGAUUGUUUACCUUCAAAACAUAUACAGCUUGCUGUACUUUAUAAUAAUAGAGCGACUGCAAAGCUCAAGAAUGGUGAUCAACGUGGAUGUGCAGAAGAUUGUACUUUGGCACUCCAAUUAAUUGAUGAUUAUACAUUACCGCCACCACCAGGUGUUAGUAUAGACUUAAAGACUCAAUACACUAAAGCACUUCUUCGUCGUGCUUCUGCUUAUGAAUCGAUGGAAAAGUAUGACAAAGCAAAAGAUGAUUAUCAAAAAUUAAUGAAUGUUGAUCCAAAUAGUAAUAAAAAAGUUAGCGAUGGUUUGAGGCGUUGUCAACAAGCUAUUAAUAUGUCAUCGAGUGAUAUUAAACCGGUACAAAAUGGUUCAAAUUCUUAUGGAUUUGAUGAUAACUUUACGUUCUCUAGUACACAAACAUCUGCAAACAUAUCAACGUAUCAAAUGCCGUUAAAUACUUUUGUUGCACCACUUAAUGAAUUCGGCUUUAUUGAUCCAACUAUGGUAAAGCCAGCAACAUCGAUUCUAACAACUGAAACCAUUAUUGAUCCAAAUAAUCCAGCUGUAGUAAAAUUACGUAACCAAACACGUCAACAAGAAUUUGAAGAUGCAGAAAAAUUGAGAUGUAAAGAUCAGGUUGAUCAAAAAAUAAUGCAAUGGGUGGGAGGAAAAGAAACAAAUAUUAGAGCAUUGAUUAGUAGUUUAGAUAUAGUGCUUUGGGAAGGAUUAGGCUGGAAAACUAUAGGAUUACAUGAAUUAGUAACUCCUGCUCAAGUCAAGAUUAAGUAUAUGAAAGCUAUUGGAAAAGUUCACCCAGAUAAGCUUGAUAGUUCUACUACAAUUGAACAAAGACUUAUAGCAAAUG